UUCUCAGCAGGAACUAAAGUUUCGUUAUCCUUUGUACUUCGGACCUUAUUCUGUGCUGCACAAUGUGACUAGUUACCAGGGAUACGGUGUUAGGUCACGGUGUGUGUGGAUGGCUAGUCGGUGCUUUGCAUGUAUAAUGUUGGUCUGGGUCAGUGACUUCAGAGCUGCUCUCAGGGUGGUCGCUGCUUACCUGCCUCCGGUAUACUCCUGCUGCACUGUACAGUCGCCAGAAGGUUCUCAUUCCAGUUACAUCACAUCACACUACAGAGACGCUGACGAGCUUAGAUGAAGCCGCCCAAUAGCAGUCGAAAGACACCCGUUUCUGAGGAAUCACUGACAUGGAGCAGUGCAUCAAGCUAUUCCUCUAAUUCAUUUGAACCCAUUACAGAUGAUGCUACUGGAAAAUAUGAAAAGGAUUUAUUUCAGACCAUUUCAGAUGAAUCUAGUAGGAACUAUGAAAGUGAUUCAUUUGAAUCGAAUACAAAUGAACCUCGUCACAAAUAUGAAAGUGAUUCAUUUGAAUCCACUACAGAUGAACCUAGCAGGAACUAUGAAAGUGAUUCAUUUGAUUCAUUCUCCUCCAAACUUAACCUUCAUCGGGACUCAUUAUCUGAGACAAUUUGUAGCAUGUCUGAAGCAGCAGAGGGUUUUGAGACGAAUGACCAAGGAAAGGGCUUGCUUGAGAAAUGGAUUAAGAUUCUUGUUAAUGGGAAGCGUCAGUCAGCUACUUCAUCUAGACAUCAAUUUCAAACCGUUGCUCAUGAAAAGGCUGCAGAUAGUGAGAGUAAUGCAGUUCAGUCUUACUGCUCCUUAAAGAUACAGCAACUGUGUCAGCCAACAAAAACACGCGAGAAUAUCAAACAAUACCCAGGAACACAUCCCGUAGAGCCAACGGGCAUACCUCCACUGUGUCCUGUACCCCAGGAGCUGAUGAAUAGAUUACGGCUACAAAGUAUCAAGGAAGCCAUGAAGCAGGCGAUGCAGAUUGAGAUGCAUGACCCUGUCUCCUGUCCGGACUGCCGCAUUAAACAGGCGGAGCUGGCUGAGUGUCACUUUGUUAGAAUGAAGAAGACAAAACUGGAAACCGAUUUGCUGCACAAGAAAAUGGAGGAGUACACUUACAGCACAAACCUGGUAUCUUGUAUUGGAGAAAUCCACCAGUCUCUGCCGAAACCCUCUGAUGAAUGCAUUACCAUCUGGCAGAGGCCAUAUGCAAGUGUUAACAAGACCUAACCAGCAUUGUCCUGGCUAAGUGGUUUGUGAAUGACAUAUGGCAAUAUGCAGUGAGCAAUUUCUAAAUGUUUUAAAAUGUAAACAUUGACAUUAAUGCAAAGACAGAACCAGACACAAAUUCCGUCCAAGUUUUAGUUUAAAGUGAAUUUAUAAUCAUUUUCAAAAGUGCAUAGAACUCAGAGAAUCAAUAAACCGCAAAACAUUUUCAUUUUCUUAUACGAUGCAUAAUGGAGGUAAAAUACAUUGUUACCCAAACAAUUGUGUUCUUUGUUCAAUCAUGAUUGUUGUAAACACACAGUGAUUUGUGGUCAGUAUUGUAUAAACCAUCCAAAUCUAUUUGUGUAUGGACAGGCAUUAUUCAUUGCUAUACAGCCAGUGCACAUUAAGUGGUGGCACUUCCACAGCGUGAACUGGUGCUCAGUGGCAGAUUUUACCUAUGGGCUGCAGGACUGCAGUCCCCCAAGGUAAAAUCCACCACCCAAUGCAGUGUCAGUGAAGUCGGAUGCAGUCCAUGACUGCACUGGCUUCACUGUGACUGGCAGUUACUUCCUAUUGAAAGUUCUACCUGUCAGUCACAGACACACAAGGCAGUCCUGGGAGGGGUUUACUACGGCUGGCC